CGGGCGGUCUGUGGGGAAAGCGCUUCCCCGUGUUUUCUUGGCCCCUGGACAAUCAGGCUUCUUUGGAAUUGAUCUUAGCUGUUAGUGGCUCGGCAUUACAUCUACAUUGUGCCCAGCGCGCGGCGGUAGCUGGAGACAAGUACACGUGGUCACUUGGCCUGAAAACGCCUCCCUGUAGAUUUUUCCUAAUCUGGGACACACAGCAGAACAGAGCUGAGUGCCCACUGCCACUUCGGUCCCACUCCGCAGUGCGCGCUUUAGGACCCAGUGGGAUAGCCGCGGGAUCCUGGAGUGGGCGUGGUGUCCAUUGUGACGUCAAGAGGCGGGGCUUCCUCUGGCUGGGACUGAGGGACAGAAGGACCGACUGGCGCGGUGUGGCUGGUCGGAAUGGUAACUGACUGCGCAGGGUAGUGGCGGCCAUGUGGAGGUGACAGCCUGUGGAGCGCAGAGGUGCUUGGAUUAGGUGGACGUCUGGCUGGCAUAGCGACCUCGGUGCUGGCGAUGGAAGUGGAAGGCUUGGGUUGGCUUCUGGUCCCGCUGCACCAGCUGGUUUCCUGGGUGGCCGCCGGGGCUAUGGUCUUCGGAGGGGUGGUGCCGUACAUCCCCCAGUACAGGGACAUCCGGAGGACUCAGAACGCCGACGGUUUCUCCACCCAUGUGUGCCUGGUGUUACUAGUGGCCAAUAUUUUACGGAUACUCUUCUGGUUCGGAAGGCACUUCGAGUCCCCGCUCCUGUGGCAGAGCAUAGUGAUGAUCCUGACCAUGCUGCUGAUGCUGAAGCUCUGCACUGAGGUCCGCGUGGCCAACGAGCUGAACGUUAAGCGCCGCUCCUUCUCAGCCACAGACAGUAAGGAUGAAGAACUCAAAGCCCCCCCCAGGCGGCCCUACCUGGACUUUGAUACUCACCAUUUCUGGCAUUGGAGCAGCUUUGCAGACUAUGUGCAGUGUGUCCUGGCCUUCACAGGUGUGGCAGGCUAUGUCACCUACCUGUCCAUUGACUCAGCUCUGUUUGUGGAGACGCUGGGUUUCCUGGCUGUGCUGACUGAGGCCAUGCUGGGUGUGCCACAGCUGUAUCGAAACUACCGUCACCGCUCCACGGAGGGCAUGAGCCUCAAGAUGGUACUCAUGUGGACAAGUGGUGACACCUUCAAGACAGUCUACUUCUUGCUCAAUGGUGCACCUCUCCAGUUCUCAGUCUGUGGUCUACUGCAGGUCAUGGUGGACCUGGCUAUUCUGGGGCAGGCCUAUGCCUUUGCUCAUCACCCCCAGAAGCCAGUACCUCAUGCAGUGCACCCUGUCAGUGCCAAGGCUCUCUGACAGGCAUCAAGGGAAGACAAGGACAUGUGACCAAUCAGUCAUGGGUGCUGAGCCCCAGCCUGUGCUUCUGCAUUAGGGAGGCUGGCCCUGCGCACUCCACAGAUGAACAGGCCAAGUGUGGGCAGAGAGAUGAAGUGGAGUGCUUGUCCCCAUAGCCUUCAGGUGGGGGGCCCUGGAACAGUGGAGGCUGAGCUGGCUUUGUGGUGUUUUCAAGGUGGCAGAAAAGGCAGGUGUCUUUCCUUACCUCCUUCAGAAAAACACUGGCCCGACCGUGAAAUAGGUCCAUAAAACUAAGCAAGAGGGCAGGCCCAGCAACACGCUGAGUCCCUUCCUCAGCCAGUUUCCCUCAGUGAGCCUUUUGUCUCCUAGAAGACCCUGUGGCGCUCUAGACAGUGUGUAGUCAUGGCUUCUGAUGGCUUGUCUGCCCUCCUGCUCUGUCCCACUCCCCUGUGGGUACCACGGGUGUGUCUGCUGCACCUGCUGGAGAUGGAAGGUGCUGGCCUGACACUUGUCACUCUAUUUUGCCCCUCUCUCUGCUCAUCAUGAGAUCAUGUAUGCUUGGCAGCCUUGUGCAGAACCUGGCUGGUUCCUGGGUCCAGAAUGUUCUAGAUGCUUCUACAUAAGUUUCUUCCCUUCUGCUGGGCAGAAGGUCUUCUUGUGCACACAGUGAUGCCAUCCACAGUCAGCACAAUAGCUCUGGCAGUUAUGGUGGCUCAUCAGAUGGCUAAAGAGUCCACACUGUGCCACCCUCAAGCUUCCCUCAGAUAUUCUAAGAGUGUGAGUGAGAUUUUUGCUUACUCUCUGGCCUGUAAGAUGCUUGUAAGAUGUUUAUUUUUUAAAAAUGAAGAUGUCUGUAGUGGUAAUUACCUCCAAACUAAAUGCCAUUGGUUGCAGGCCUAGUUGCUGAAUGAGCAUACUCCAUGUGGUGGUUUUAAGUCAAUCAACAGCUUGUGGGUCCAGUAGGUAGGAUAGAAUCAUAGCAGGUACACAGGGCAGGAGUGCGGUGAGAUGUAGGGUAGAGGCUGGUGAGGGUGGUACAAAUUUUUGGAGAAGGGUGACUGAUACUAGUUUGGGAAGUGGAGACUGGUACAGGCUUGCAUCAGGCUGAAAGGCUCAUGUGGCUCUUAGGGACCUUGGUCCAGGUCUGGGUGGAUGAGGGUAUCUGUCUGGCAUUUGAGGAUGUAGGCUUCUGCGAUGAAGCCAGAGAUACACUGGGAUUAUGCUUUUCCAAGCUGUUGAAGUAGAAGGUUUGGGGGACCAACCAACUCUUUUUAACUGUGAGGAAACAGAAGCUCUUGAGUGAGGCACCUUUCUGUUCUCUAGCCUGGCAGAGUGUUGGUAGACUGCAGGGUCACUGCUUGCAAUGCCGAGGCUGUGCCUCAGUAGCCUGGCAGGUGUCAGUACACACACACACACACACACACACACACACACACACACACACACACCCAAAGAUAGUCAUAGACCUUCUCCAUCAGAAGGGAGAUCCUAUUCUUCAGGCCAUAAUCACUGCCUACCGCCAGUAGCUUUCAGUAAGGCCCCUGUGUGAGCUCAGUACAGGCCCAUUUGGGACCCUUGUACCACAGGAUUUGCAAGAAUCUACUGCAAUCAAAUAAAAAGUUGCUAGCCCCUCCACA